AUAAAAAACACGUACUGUGCCUAAAGAUUUCAACUGAAGUAGUACAUACUACAUACUACAUACAUACUACUAGGUAUGUACUAACUAGCCUUACAUAGUUUAGGGAAGGGAAGAACCGUAACAGAAAAGAGAGAGGGAGAAAGAGUGAGCGAGUUAAAAAAAAACAAAAAUAAAAAAAAAUAAAUAAAAAAUAAGGCAGGUCUCUCUCUUUGUACCCGGAAAGAUGGAGAGCAGCUAACGUUUAACUACCUAAGUUAAUGUCAGGUUAAAAAGACUCCCUAAAUUUUCUUAGGCGAUUUACUCUCCCCAAUUCAGAACCGAGAUAACAAACAUAACACAUAAACCAAUUUUCUUGAGUCUUGUCAUUGCAGGCUUUGACAAUUGACCACCGAGCUACACAGUAGACUCAAUUCUCAAUUCUCAAUUCUCAAUUCCCUCCUCUCUCCUUUUCUCCCUUUUAUUUUCUUUUUUCUUUUCUAGCUCACCUUGAAGUCGUUGUGCCUUGUUUUAUUUCCCUCCCCUUGUCAACCCCAACGAUCAUUUCUACUCACGACUUGCCAAACCUUGCCGACUUUUCUUUCCUCCAAAUCGCAUUGCGACAUUACAGCAUUACAGCAUUACAGCAUUGCAGCAUUGCAGCAUCUCUUUUCUGUCAAAAUGAUGUCAAGAAGAGUUCUCACAGCGGCGCGUGUCCUACGCAAGCCAGUGCAGCAACAACCAUUACGAAGCUGUAUUCCGUUACCUAUCCUUAUGACCCAGGUUCGCACCUAUGCGCAAAGCAUCGUCAAAGUCCCGCAAAUGGCCGAGUCGAUCACUGAAGGCACCUUAAAGCAAUGGAAUAAGAAGGUUGGCGACUAUGUCGAGCAGGAUGAGGAAAUCGCAACCAUUGAGACCGACAAGAUCGAUGUUGCCGUCAACGCGCCUGAAGCGGGAGUGCUGACAGAGCUCUUGGCCAACGAAGAAGAUACUGUCACUGUUGAUCAAGAAAUUGCAAAGAUCGAACCUGGCGCGGCACCUGAGGGUGGUGAGAAAUCCGGAGGGAAAAAAGAACCAGCAAAGGGGGAGGGGGCUGCUACCGAGUCGCGGACGGAGUCCACAGGGAGUGAAAGCAAGUCAGAUGCACCCAAGGAAGCCUCAACCCCUAAUUCGAAGCCUGAAUCAUCCAAGCCUGAACCCCCUCAACCGGGACCCAAGAAGGAGCCUACCCCGAGACAAUCCCAGCCCGUGAAGGAUGCCUCAGCUAGUGUUGGUCCUGUCAUGGGAAGCCGAGAAGAGCGCCGUGUCAAGAUGAACCGAAUGCGCCUGCGCAUUUCUGAACGCCUGAAGCAGUCCCAAAACACAGCUGCCUCCCUAACAACCUUCAACGAAGUCGAUAUGUCAUCUCUAAUGGACCUCCGCAAGCUUUACAAGGAUGAAAUUCUCAAGAAGACCGGAGUCAAGCUUGGAUUCAUGAGCGCCUUCUCUCGUGCCAGCGUUUUGGCAAUGCGAGAUAUUCCUGCUGUCAAUGCUUCCAUUGAGGGUGAGAACGGUGGUGAUACUAUUGUAUACCGCGAUUAUGUCGACAUCAGUGUAGCUGUUGCCACGGAGAAGGGUUUGGUUACACCAGUGGUCCGCAAUGCCGAAUCCAUGGAUAUGGUUGGAAUCGAGAAAGCUAUUGCAGACAUGGGUAAGAAAGCUCGGGACGGCAAGCUGACAAUCGAGGACAUGGCUGGUGGUACCUUCACUAUCAGCAAUGGGGGCGUCUUCGGUUCUCUCAUGGGUACACCAAUCAUCAACCUACCGCAAUGUGCUGUGCUGGGUCUCCAUGCGAUCAAGGAACGUCCUGUUGCUGUGAACGGUAAGAUCGAGAUUCGACCGAUGAUGUAUUUAGCAUUAACUUAUGAUCAUCGACUUCUUGAUGGUAGGGAGGCUGUUCAAUUCCUGGUAAAGGUAAAAGAAUAUAUCGAGGAUCCUCGAAAGAUGUUAUUAUGUUAGAUAGAUAUAUGUAUUAUUAACUAUUU